CGUCGAUCAGGACUGCGGCCUUCGCGCGCUUCGUGUUUCUCUGUGCGUUUGAGGAGCUAAAGAUUGCUAUUUUUUUUAACAUGGCGAGAUACAUGCGACCUCCAAACACGUCUCUGUUCAUCAGAAACAUCUCCGAUGACAGCAGAAAAUGUAAAGACAUACAGUUCUGGAGACCUUCCCUACAAAGAGUAUAUAAAAGGGCCGAUGUAGAGUAGAUUCAAGACAAAGACAAUAAAGAGAGAGUUAAAGCUUGAAGAUUCAAAGGGGACCAAAAUUGGAGUCAAGGCCUCGUUCUGACCAAAGAAAGAGGAAAAGACUAAAGGUUAUUGGGCACAGACAUCCCCAAGUCCUUCUCGGAGGCGGUUAAAGACAAUAAAGGUCAAGCUGAAGGUCAAAGGUCAAGCAUGUUAAAGACCUGUAAAAAUGCAAAGCCUUAACCUCAUCAGCAUGUUCGAGGACGUCCGAGACGCAGAGGAUGCGCUGCACAACCUGGACAGGAAGUGGAUCUGUGGACGGCAGAUCGAGAUUCAGUUUGCUCAAGGAGACAGGAAGACUCCUGGUCAGAUGAAAUCCAAAGAGAAGCGCUCUCCUCGCAGCGACUCGCGGUAUGAUGACUAUGAGCGCGACGGCCGGCGCAGACGCUCACGCAGCCGCAGUUAUGGCAGAAGCAGAUCUCGCAGUCCUUCAUACGAACGCCGCCCGCGCAGAUCAGGAAGCCCCAGAGAUUCUCGGUCGCACGGCAGACACCGGAGGAGCAGAAGUCGUGAGAAUGACAGACACAGGUCACGUGAUCACGGCCACAGACGCCACCGAUCAGCCUCGCGAUCUCCUUCACGUGACUCCAAAUACAAGUCCAAGAGCCGGCGCUCUCGCUCCCGGUCCAGAUCGGCUAGUCCUCGGGCGGAAGAGCUGCAGGUGUCGACCGGAUCCCGUGAGGAAGAGCCCCACGUCCGCUCUGCCUCCCGCUCACCGUCCCGUUCCCGCUCGCGCUCCAGAUCCUGGGCCGGAUGCAAGUCUGGAGGCCGCUAGCAUCGCUCUGCUCUUAAAUACAGUCUCAUGCAGCUUUCAUUCAAUCUUUGUGUUUAAUCAUGACGGCGCAGUAGCUUCUGCUUGUUCUCCUUCUUUUUGGAUCCCAAACAAACGAUGCAACUCGCUUGAAACUUGAUGUUGUCAAUGCAGUUCGUUCUUUUGUAAGAAACGUGCUUUGAUGCCAGUAUAAAGAUGGCUUUAUUUUUAUAGUCAAAGAUGAGCAGAGCACCAGCCGUUUUAUUUCUUUCUGUUUGUUUGUAAAAAGAUGCAUGCAGAAACACUGUUAAUAAUGGGGGGGGGGGGUUACCCAUGAUAUCUUUUUUUGGCGUUUGCUCGGAAAGAUCGCAGUGUUAAUGUUUUUGAUUUUUCCAAGGUUAUAAUGUAUUUGAAACUCAAUUUGUAUUUGUCAAGUCUUGAUCGUAGCAUCGGUUUAUAUUAAAGACGUAGUAUUUUUUGUCAUUGCAAAAUAAACCUGAUUCAAGCAC